AUGGGUGCAGGGCUAAGCCAUUUUGCUAAAUCAACUCCAGCGAUGACAAGGGAUCGACAAAUCCAACUUUUGCGCCAAAUUGGUCAUGAAAACUUUAAGAGAGGGCACUAUGUCUUAGCACGACUGGCUUAUCUAAAAGCAUUAGAUAUUGUGCAGAAAAUUAGCAAUCGAAUUUCAAACAAGCCACAGUUAAUGUGUGAUAUCUACAACGAUAUAUCUCGCACUUAUGCAGAGCAACGACAAUACAGCAAUGCUAGUCACUACUGCCAGCAAGCGGCAGAUAUUGCCAAGCUAAUGAAAGAUAAAAUUCGUACUGCUAAGUGCUGUGAUUGCCAAGGUCGUAUUUAUAGAAUGAAGAAUAAAUAUCAAGAAGCACUGGCUGAGUACUAUAAGUCUCUUGAGAUUAAAAUUGUAUUACUAGGAGAAAAUGAUCUAGAAAUAGCUCAUUCUUAUCAUCGUAUAGGCAAUAUUUUUUUAAAGCAAGCUAAAUAUGAUACUGCAUUAUCAAUGUAUGAAAAAUCGUUAAGUCUCAAAUCGAAAAUAUCUCACUAUAAAAACAAAAAUUUAGAUAUUGCUCAUUCCUACCAUGGAAUUGGAAGUGCCUACUGGGAGCAAUCAAAAUACGAUGAUGCAUUAUCCAUGUAUAAGCAAUGCCUCAAGUUGCGAUUAGAAGCUUUAGAUGGCAAUGAAUUAGAUAUAGCGAGUACUUAUCAUCGCAUCGGUGAUGUUUAUACUUCACAACGCAAGUUUCAAGAUGCCUUUUCUAUGCAUCAUAAGGCCAUCAACAUCAGAAUACGGCUAUUGGGGGAUGUUAACUUAGAAGUAGCCAGUUCCUAUGAUGGUAUUGGCACAAUCUAUUGGAAGCAAGAUAGCUACCAUAAUGCUAUGGAGUUGUACGAAAAGUCGCUACGCAUUCGAUUAAAAUUAUUAGGAGAUCAUAAUCUAGAUGUUGCUAAUUCAUAUCGUGGUAUAGGAAACAUACUUUAUUCACAGAAAAAUUAUCAGGAAUCAAUGUCGAUGUAUCAAAAGUCUCUGAAUAUGACGAUCAGCAUAUUAGGGGAUAAUAACUUGCACCUUUCUGAGCUCUAUCAUGCUAUAGGAAAUAUUUAUCGUAAACAAAAUCAAGUUAGUGAUGCACUAGCAUUCUAUCAAAAAUCCUAUGCUAUUACUUUAGAAAUGCUAGGACCCCAAAAUCUAUUGAUUGCAAGUUCAUGCUGUUGUAUUGGCCAAGUUUAUCAAAAGAAAAAGCUCUAUUCUGAUGCUUUGGAUAUGCAUAAAAAAUCGCUUAAUAUACGAAUAGCCAUUCUCGGAAGCUAUGAUCUGGAUGUGGCAUAUUCUUACCAUUGCAUUGGAUUUAUUUAUUACGUACAAUUUAAUUAUUAUAAAGCCUUAGAAAUGUAUGAAAAAUCUCUUGUAAUUAGCAUCAGAAAUUUAGGAGAUAAAGGUAUCGAGAUCGCUGAUCUUUAUCAAGAAAUUGCAGAUAUCUAUGAUGCAUUAAAUAAUUUUGAUACUGCUUCGGCAAAAUAUGAGAAAUCGAUUCAACUAGCAACAGAAUCACUAGGUAAUAAUCAUUUACAAGUGGCUAAAUUAUAUCAAAAAGGAGGAAAUCUGCAUCAUAAAUGGAAUAACUACGAUGGUGCUCUUUUAAUGUUUCAGAAAUCGUUAAAUAUUAGCCUGGAAAAGUUAGGGAUCAAUAAUAUUAAUACCGCUCAUCUUUAUCGCCUCAUUGGUGAUGUCUACUAUUCCCAAAAUCAGAAUUAUUGUGCUCUACCGAUGUAUCAAAAGUCAUUAGAAAUUAAAUUGCAAUUACAAGAAUCAAAUGAUCUUGCUACAACUGAAAUACAUCAUAAAAUGGGCAAUAUUUUCUAUUCACAAUCUAAAUAUAACGAUGCCUUAUCCCAUUAUCACGACGCUCUGGAUAUGAAAUUGGCGUUAAUGGAUGAUGCUCAUGCUGACAUAGCUACAUUAUAUCAUCAGAUCGGAGAUGUUUAUCGAAAGCUAGAUCGAUAUGAUGAAGCAUUGGUAGUCUAUGAAAAAUCUUUGAAUCUACGAUUAAAGUUACUAGAAACAGAUAAUAUAGUGGUGGCAAAUUUAUAUCAAGGAAUAGCAAACAUUUUCUGGCAGCGAGAUGAAUACGAUACAGCUCUAGAAAAUUAUCAAAAAGCGCUUAACUAUAAACUUGAUAUAUUGGGAGAAAAUCAUCUCGAUGUUAGCAAUCUUUUUCAUCGCAUUGGUGAUAUUUAUUAUUCUCAAACUCUAUAUGCCAAGGCAUUAUCUAUGUAUCGACAAUCUCUUAAUAUUAAGAGGGUAAACUUAGGUGAGGAAAAUUUAGAAGUGGCUCAAGUUUACAAUAGUAUAGGAUAUGUUUUAUGGAGGCAAGAUAAAUACGAAGAUGCAUUACCUAUGUAUCAACAGUCAUUGGAUUUACAUAUUCACCUACUUGGACAUACAGAUCAUAUUGAAAUUGCCAAUUCAUAUCAUGGAUUAGGCCACGUCUAUUACUAUCAGCGAAAAGAUGAGCAAGCUUUAGCUAUGUAUCAAAAAUCUUUAUCGAUGAGAAAACGAUUACUUGGUGAAAAACAUUGCGAUAUCGCUGAUUCUUACCACUAUAUUGCGCACAUUCAUAACUCUCAACUUCAAUUUGAUGAUGCUCUAUCCAUGUAUCACAAAUCUCUCGAUAUCACUAUAGAGAUCUCUGGUGAUCAUAAUUUAGGUGUUGCAAGUACAUAUAUGGGAAUUGGUGAUAUUCAUUAUCAUCAGGGUAAAUAUAGUAGUGCUCUGGAAAUGUAUGAAAAGUCACUUAAUAUUUGCAUGCAAUUACUAGGAAGUCAUAAUAUGGACGUCGCAGGGGCUUAUCACAGCAUAGGUAACGUUUAUUGCUCACAAGCGAAGUACAAUCUUGCUCUGUCCAUGUACCAGAAAUCGUUAGAUAUUACGAUAGAUAUCAUGGGUAUGAAUAAUCUGAAUAGUGCUAACUCCUAUCAUGGUAUCGGCAAUGUUUAUAUGGAACAAGACCUUUACCAAGAUGCUUUGGUAAUGUAUCAGAAAUCUUACGACAUUAAAAUAAAAUUAUUCGGUGAUCAUAAUCUACAUAUUGCAUCUUCUUAUCAUGGCAUUGGAAACGUUUAUUACUCACAGGAAAACUAUAAUGAUUCUAUGGCAAUGUACGAGAAAUCAUUUCAGUUAACAACAGAUAUUUUAGGAAAGGAAAACCCUUACGCUGCUUAUUCCUACUAUCGCAUUGGAAAAGUCUUGUACAAGCAAGAUCAAUUUAAAGAGGCUUUAUUCAAUUAUGAAAAAGCACUACAUAUUCGACUGGCUAUAACAGGAGAAAAUCAUUUAGAAAUUGGCUCCUUAUAUUGUGAUAUAGGUAACAUCUACUGGAAGCAGGACUUAUUAAACGAUGCUCUAUUAACGUAUCAGAAAUCUCUAAAUGUCACUCUUAACACUAUAGAUUACGAUAGUCUCCACGUCUCUCGGAUAUAUCGUAAUUUUGGAAAGGUUUAUUGUAAACAAGGAAAGUACGAGAGCGCUCUAGAAAUGUAUAAAAAAUGCAUUGAUAUUCCUUUAAAAUUGUUAGGUGACAAUAAUUUACUGGUUGCCAAUGCAUUUGAAGGUAUUGGAGAUGUUUAUGCUCAGCAAAAUUUAUACGACGAUGCAUUAAAUAAAUAUAAUCAGUCUUUAGAAAUUCGAUUACAGGUAUUAGGAGAUUCAAAUCUUCGUGUUGCCUCGUCUUAUUAUCAUAUUGCUCACAUUUACUCACAGCAAAAUCGAUACCGCGACGCAUUAAAAUUCUAUAAAAAAUGUCAAGCCAUGACCCGAAAUAUUUUAGGUGAUAUUCACUUAUACGUUGCUGAUUCCUAUCACGGGAUUGGAGAAGUCUAUUUUGCUCAAAAUAAAUUAGAAUAUGCUGUGUCAAUGUUUAAUCAAUCGCUAAAAACUCGUCAAGCAAAACUAAGUUCAAAUAAUAUUAAGAUUUGCGAAAGUUAUUAUGGUAUUGCUGAUGUUUAUCUUGCACAAUGCAAGUACGAAGAAGCCUCAACAUUAUAUCAAAAAUCGCUCAAGAUUGCCUUGAGAAAUUUCGCUAGAAAUCAUCCUUUAAUUACUGCUUUAUACAACAAGCUGAGUAAAGCGUUUGAAAAACAGCGCAAAUACGUCAAAGCUAGCGUAUUACGUUUGGCAUUUUCUAGCCAUGGUAAAGUUAUUCUAGACAAAAAAAUAAUGCAGGAAUUGACAGCACCCACUUCAAUUAAGUAUGACGGUGAUUAUCAAGUUUCUAUUAGACCAAUAGAAGAAAGUGAGGAAGGAAAGGAAUGUGAUGAUACCAUAAAUUCGUCAAUUAGUGAAGAAACUACUCUUAAUUAA